CGUGGCAUAGGCACGAACAACUUCCACGUUAGCCGCCAUUUUGAUUUUUGACACUGAGCGAAAAUUGGUGACUUCAUUGAAUUCAAGAUUGAUUCUUCAAAUAACGUUUAAAAUUUGUGCAAAAAUAUUAUACUUAAGUCGCCAAAAUGGGGAAUAUGUUUGCAAAUUUAUUUAAGGGCCUAUUUGGCAAAAAAGAAAUGAGAAUAUUGAUGGUUGGUUUGGAUGCAGCUGGUAAAACCACAAUUCUAUAUAAACUCAAAUUAGGAGAAAUCGUAACAACAAUUCCUACAAUUGGCUUUAAUGUGGAGACAGUAGAAUACAAAAACAUCAGUUUUACUGUAUGGGAUGUUGGUGGUCAAGACAAAAUUAGACCAUUGUGGAGGCAUUACUUCCAAAACACACAGGGUCUUAUCUUCGUAGUAGACAGUAAUGACAGAGAGCGUAUAGGCGAAGCGCGCGAGGAGCUAAUGCGAAUGUUAAGCGAAGAUGAGUUGCGGGACGCAGUACUCUUGAUCUUUGCAAACAAACAGGACCUGCCCAACGCGAUGAACGCGGCCGAGAUAACGGACAAGCUGGGCCUGCAUUCGUUGCGCAACCGCAACUGGUACAUCCAAGCGACGUGCGCCACCUCCGGCGAUGGGCUCUACGAGGGACUGGACUGGCUCUCCAACCAGCUCAAAAACGCCAACCGCUAACCGCCCACUUCACACUCAGAGACUAUGGUUUAACUUCAAUUUAUUUGCUAAUGUAUUAUGUGAAUCAAAUGUAUUACAGCGUAUUGCGUCGAUCCACCCGGGCCGCCGCUUCAACUCUUCGGAAUACUGUUUUUAGUUUGUCUCCUCCGGUGGCCGGAUCUCUCUUCAUCGCACCCGGUACUUAUUGCUCGUGUGUGACGUUGAACAAAUAUUGUAAAUGCGAAAUUUCUGAAUUAGCCAUCGUGAUGUGGAUAGGUAACUGACGUGAUAGUGAAUCACAUAACAUGUUUUAUAAGUGUAAUAUGGAAUAAGUUGUCGUAAUAAAGUAUUUAAAGUUAAUUGACAUCUAUGAUUUUCGUUAGCGUAGUGCACCUUCAGUGCAGAUGUAGAGCGCGUGUCCGCCUUCGCCGCAGAUGACUUCUAUGGAGUCCCAUAUUAGUCCCCGACCUAUUCGCAUCGCUUCGAACGCCGCUCGAAGCCAUCGGUUUUGUGCAUAUUCCAUUUAUUCGACCUAUUGUAUGAUGAUAGUUUAUUUUUUACGGAAGUUAACUAGGUAGAUUAAGCUGUUAUGUAAUUUACAUCAGAAACCCGUUCGUCGUCGAAUGAGCCGCAUUUAUGGAUGACUUCGCGACGGAUCGAAAUAUUUAAUUUAGGUGUAUUAUGUAUUAGAUUACUGUCAUUUGGGAAGUUGCGCGUACGGGAAGCGGUCGGAAUCCUCUACGGUACUUCGCUCUUACACAACUAAUUAUAACUUAGCAUUUUUAUAAUAAUUUAGAUGAGAUUGUUACACAAUUCAAGGAUACAAUAAUUAUGCAAAGUGUGGUAAAGAGAGUAAUUUUUAAUUUUAUGAAAAGGUUUAUUGAAGCAAAAUGUGACAUUCCGGUUUGUCUUAAUGCUGUAUUAUGGAAUAAAAUAUCCUCACCAAA